GAGUUGGGCUUUCCCUCCCUGGGCUUGAACUCGUUCCCAACUCGUCCAUCGCAAAAUCCACAAUAAAAAGCGAGCUAGUCUAGGGCAAAACGGGUAAAGAGCGACCCUCCCUCGCCUCCUUCAUCCCCUGUCCUCGCCGCCGCCCGCCGCCCGCCGCAGCUGCGCCUCUGCCGGCGAAUCCGCGCCCGUUCUAGCCGGAGACCAGAUAUCGGCCCAGAUCUGCCGAUGUCGGCCCCACGGUACGCGCCGGACGACCCGUCGGUGCCCAAGCCGUGGCGCGGCCUUGUCGACGGCACCACCGGCUACCUCUACUACUGGAACCCGGAUACCAACGUCACCCAGUACGAGAAGCCCCUCCCCCCGGAAGCUCUGCUGCCGCCGCCCCCGCCGCUCCCGCCCCCGCCUCCGCGCGCCCGCGGCCGCCGAUCUCGCUCCCGCUCCCGCUCCCGCACCCCGCCUCGCCGUGACAACAGGGACCGAGACAGAGACCGCGACCGCCGGCGCCACGACGAACCCAACUCCAAGCCGGCGCACCACCUUCCCCCUGCCGCCCUUGUUCCUACCGCCGCACCCGAUGAUCCGUCCGCCGAGGCAUACCGCCGUCGCCACGAGAUCACAGUCAUCGGAGAUAACGUGCCGGCUCCAAUAACUGCGUUUGACUCUGGUGUCAUCCCUUCGGAUAUACUCAAGGAGAUACAACGUGCUGGAUUCCCAAGUCCGACGCCUAUCCAAGCCCAGUCGUGGCCAAUUGCCUUGCAGAAUCAAGAUGUUGUAGCUAUUGCCAAGACAGGAUCUGGGAAAACUCUUGGGUAUCUGCUUCCUGGAUUUUUGCAUAUAAAGCGUCUGCAGAACAGCACAAGGUCUGGCCCGACGGUGUUAGUUUUGGCACCUACCAGAGAGCUUGCAACACAGAUUCUGGAAGAAGCUGUCAAAUUUGGCAGAUCAUCUAGAAUUUCUUCCACGUGCCUAUAUGGUGGCGCUCCUAAGGGUCCCCAGUUAAGAGAUUUAGAAAGAGGGGUUGACAUUGUUGUUGCAACACCUGGAAGGCUGAAUGACAUUCUAGAAAUGCGGAAGAUAAGCCUAAAGCAGGUCUCGUACCUUGUUCUAGACGAGGCUGACCGCAUGUUGGACAUGGGGUUUGAACCGCAAAUACGAAAGAUUGUGAGAGACAUACCUUCUAGUCGGCAAACCCUUAUGUACACUGCUACUUGGCCUAAGGAAGUCCGAAGAAUUGCAGAUGAGCUUCUUGUUCACCCUGUCCAGGUGACCAUUGGAAGUGUGGACGAGCUUGUUGCUAAUAAAGCUAUUACUCAGCAUGUGGAGGUGAUCACUCCCUCAGAAAAGCUUCGGCGGCUGGAGCAGAUAUUGCGAUCCCAUGAUUCAGGUUCAAAGAUACUAAUAUUCUGUACCACCAAGAGAAUGUGUGACCAACUCUCAAGGACACUCGAUAGACAUUUUGGAGCUGCUGCCAUUCAUGGCGACAAGUCUCAAAAUGAAAGAGAGAAGGUUCUGAGUCAAUUUCGAUCUGGCCGAUCUCCUAUUUUGGUGGCAACAGAUGUUGCGGCGCGUGGUUUAGACAUCAAAGAUAUCAGGGUUGUGAUCAACUAUGACUUCCCCACUGGUGUUGAGGACUAUGUCCACAGGAUUGGAAGGACAGGGAGGGCUGGUGCCACUGGUUUGGCCUAUACAUUUCUGUGCGAUCAGGAUUCAAAAUAUGCGGCCGACCUUAUUAAAAUUCUGGAAGGGGCAGACCAAGAUGUUCCUCCUGAACUAAUGGACAUGGUCUCUCGGGGCGGGCGUGGUAGGAAGCGUAACAAAUGGGCAACUCGUUCUGAGAGGGGUGGUGGCGAUUCAAGGUAUGGUGGGAGGUUAGAGAGUGGUCGUGGUGGCCGUGGAAAGGAUGAUUACGGUGGCCGUAGCAGGAAUGAUCGUGGUGUAUCUGACGGACGGUCUCACAGGUCUGGUAGAGGUCGCAGUAGAAGCCGUAGCAGGAGCGACAGUGAUAGGCGUAGCCCAAGCCCAAAGAGGCGCCGCCAUGAUGUGCAGACUAGCCGAAGCAGAACUAGAAGUCGGAGCCGAAGCAGGAACAGGAACAGAAGCAGAAGCAGAAGCAGGAGCAGGAGCAGGAGCAGGAGUUACACUAGGAACCGUCGUGCCAGCCGCAGUAGGAGUCAUAGCCCUGGUGCUAGACGUAGGACUGAAAGAAGGGCUGGCUCUGGAUCUGCACGUCCUGACUCUGGCCAUGUGGUGGAGCACAAAAGCUCACCCAAAAUCGAGCCUUCAAAUGAUAAUAGGAAUCACUCUGACCAGAAAGAUGACUAUCACGUCCACGUGGAGGAUGAGAAGAUGGGAAAGGUUGAUCUGGAUCGCUCGCCCAGUCCGCAGGAUGACAAAUCUGCUCCGUACAGCCCUGUUUAUAAUGGCAAAGGCAGGGGCUCACCUAAUGGUCACCCUGUGGUGGAUGCCAAGCCUGUUGAAGUCUCUGUAAAGCCUGAACCUGUGUCUCCACCUCACCGCAGCAAGAACAGGGAGGAUGACGAGGAAGGUAUGAUAGAUGAUGAGGGAGAGGAAGGUAUAAUAGCUGAUGAUGAUCAUCGGGCAAGUGCAGCUGUGCAGAAUGGUGAUGCUAAGUGAAAUAUUCCUGGAGCAGCAGCUAGCAUUUGCAGUGAUGCUUUGAAUGAUCUUGCUGCUAUCUGCAAAAAAAUCCAUGUUAUGACUUGUUAUAAUCGAAUUGUUGUUUCUUGUAUAACAUUACAUGUUAAGACUUGUUAUGAUUGAAUUGUUGUUUUUAAGAUUUCCUUGUCGCACUCCAACUUAAGCUACCCGCCAUUUGCCAACCAUAGUUGGAGGUGCAAGGCUUGUAACUUCGUAUGAAAAUGUAGACUCAUGAUUAUUCUGUUCC